UCCGGCGAGGGAGGGAGGGAGAGAGAGAGAGAGAGAGGGAAACGAUGUCGUUUUUGUAUGAGAAGAGCGAUACAUGGAGAUGGCUAGUGAGGAAGACGAGAGAUUCGAGAUCCUUCUUCUUCACGUUCGCUACCGUAUGCGGUGUCAUUCCAGGGAUAAUCGGCUAUGGAGUUAUGCAGGCCACCAAUUCCACUAAUCCGGAGCUGGAGGCCCGGCUCCGACAAUCCGCCCGACCCGAAACCGUCAUGAUGGGUAAAGUAAACCAAGAGAGGCUAGCUGAGUACCUCGGGGAGUUGAAACAGAAGCAGGAUACCAACGACAGAUACGUGGCUGCUCUAAGGGGAGAGACUCUUACCAGGAAGCCUUACCAAAGAAUUCAACCAGUGCCAAAGCCAAAUGACACGGUCACAACCAAACCUCAGUAAUGAAUGAUCACUUCUUAGAAGAGCUAUUGUAAUGGAUGCCUCUCACAUGUUUCUUGGCAAGCAAUAUUUUAUUUUGAAUUCUGCAUGCUUUGUGGUUAUGAAACUGGUGCAAGUUUCAGUCACUUCAAACAUUUUGUGACACACAGUGAAUAAAGAUGUAAAACCCAUGUUUUGUACA